UCAGGAGCGUGAGGAAGAGGCUGCCUGUGUCAUUAUGUGUGCGUCAGUCAAGUACAACAUUCGGGGUCCUGCCCUCAUCCCAAGAAUGAAGACCAAACACCGAAUCUACUACAUCACUCUCUUCUCCAUUGUCCUGCUGGGCCUCAUCGCCACUGGCAUGUUUCAGUUCUGGCCCCACUCCAUCGAGUCCUCCAAUGACUGGAGUGUGGAGAAGCGCAGUGUCCGGGAUGUGCCAGUGGUCAGGCUACCAGCUGAGAGCCCCAUCCCAGAGCGGGGAGAUCUCAGCUGCAGAAUGCACACGUGCUUUGACGUCUAUCGCUGUGGCUUCAAUCCAAAGAACAAAAUCAAGGUGUAUAUCUACUCUCUGAAAAAGUACGUGGAUGACUCUGGUGUCCCUGUCAGUAGCACCAUCUCCCGGGAGUAUAACGAACUGCUCACCGCCAUCUCAGAGAGUGACUACUAUACUGAUGACAUCACCCGGGCCUGUCUGUUUGUUCCCUCCAUUGACGUGCUUAACCAGAACUCUCUCCGCAUCAAGGAGACUGCGCAGGCACUGGCCCAACUCUCCAGGUGGGAUCGAGGCACAAAUCACUUGUUGUUCAACAUGUUGCCUGGAGGUCCCCCAGAUUAUAACACUGCCCUGGAAGUCCCCAGAGACAGGGCGCUGUUGGCUGGUGGUGGCUUUUCUACAUGGACUUACCGGCAAGGCUACGAUGUCAGCAUCCCCGUCUAUAGUCCACUGUCAGCUGAGGUGACUCUUCCAGAGAAAGGACCAGGUCCCCGACGAUACUUCCUCCUGUCCUCUCAGAUGGCUCUGCAUCCUGAGUACAGAGAGGACCUAGAAGGCCUCCAGGCUAAACAUGGAGAGUCAUUGUUGGUCCUAGACAAAUGCACCAAUCUCUCCGAGGGGGUCCUUUCUGUCCGCAAGCGAUGCCACAACCACCAGGUCUUUGACUACCCUCAGGUGCUGCAGGAGGCUACUUUCUGUGUGGUCCUUCGUGGAGCUCGUCUGGGCCAAGUGGUGCUGAGUGAUGUGUUGCAGGCUGGCUGCAUCCCAGUUGUCAUUGCAGACUCCUACAUUCUGCCAUUCUCUGAGGUUCUUGACUGGAAGAGAGCAUCUGUGGUUGUCCCAGAAGAAAAGAUGUCCGAUGUGUUCAGUAUUUUGCAGAGCAUCCCGCAAAGACAGAUUGAAGAGAUGCAGAGACAGGCACGCUGGUUCUGGGAAGCAUACUUCCAGUCAAUUAAAGCCAUUGCCCUGGCCACCCUGCAGAUUAUCAAUGACCGGAUCUAUCCAUAUGCGGCCAUCUCCUAUGAAGAAUGGAAUGACCCUCCCUCUGUG